CCUUGAGAAGCUGCGCCGGGACACCACCAGACCCUGAGCUGCCGGGAGGAUGACCAUGGCCGGGGGCAGGAGAGGACUGGUGGCCCCGCAGAACACGUUUCUGGAGAAUAUUGUCCGGCGGUCCAAUGAUACUAAUUUCGUGUUGGGGAAUGCCCAGAUAGUGGACUGGCCUAUUGUGUACAGCAAUGAUGGAUUUUGCAAGCUGUCUGGAUAUCACAGGGCAGAAGUGAUGCAGAAAAGCAGUACCUGCAGUUUUAUGUAUGGGGAGCUGACUGAUAAAGAUACAAUUGAAAAGGUGCGGCAAACAUUUGAGAACUAUGAGAUGAAUUCCUUCGAAAUUUUGAUGUACAAGAAGAACAGGACACCUGUGUGGUUCUUUGUGAAAAUUGCUCCAAUUCGAAAUGAACAGGAUAAAGUGGUUUUAUUUCUUUGCACUUUCAGUGACAUAACAGCUUUCAAGCAGCCAAUUGAGGAUGAUUCAUGUAAAGGCUGGGGGAAGUUCGCUCGACUGACCAGAGCCCUGACAAGCAGCAGGGGCGUCUUGCAGCAGCUGGCUCCAAGUGUGCAAAAAGGCGAGAAUGUGCACAAGCACUCCCGCCUGGCUGAGGUCCUGCAGCUGGGCUCAGACAUCCUUCCCCAGUACAAGCAAGAGGCACCAAAGACUCCCCCUCACAUCAUCUUACACUACUGUGUUUUUAAAACCACGUGGGAUUGGAUCAUCUUGAUCUUAACCUUCUACACAGCCAUCUUGGUCCCUUACAACGUCUCCUUUAAAACCAGGCAGAACAAUGUGGCCUGGCUGGUUGUGGACAGCAUUGUGGACGUCAUCUUUUUGGUGGACAUUGUGCUGAAUUUUCAUACCACCUUUGUUGGACCAGCUGGGGAGGUGAUUUCUGACCCUAAACUCAUCCGCAUGAACUACCUGAAGACGUGGUUUGUGAUUGACCUUCUGUCCUGUUUGCCAUAUGAUGUCAUCAACGCUUUUGAGAACGUGGAUGAGGUUAGUGCCUUUAUGGGUGAUCCAGGGAAGAUUGGUUUUGCUGAUGAGAUUCCACCACCCCUGGAGGGGAGAGAGAGUCAGGGCAUCAGCAGCCUGUUCAGCUCUCUGAAAGUCGUCCGGCUGCUCCGUUUGGGGCGAGUGGCCCGUAAACUGGACCAUUACAUUGAAUACGGAGCUGCUGUGCUGGUCCUCCUGGUGUGUGUGUUCGGGCUGGCUGCUCACUGGAUGGCCUGCAUUUGGUACAGCAUCGGGGACUAUGAGAUCUUCGAUGAGGACACCAAGACCAUCCGUAACAAUAGCUGGCUCUACCAGCUGGCAAUGGACAUUGGCACCCCUUACCAGUUUAAUGGGUCCGGCUCAGGGAAGUGGGAAGGUGGUCCCAGCAAGAAUUCUGUCUAUAUCUCCUCGUUGUAUUUCACCAUGACCAGCCUCACCAGUGUGGGCUUUGGAAACAUCGCCCCAUCCACAGACAUUGAGAAGAUCUUUGCAGUAGCCAUCAUGAUGAUCGGCUCACUUCUUUAUGCCACCAUCUUCGGGAAUGUGACAACCAUCUUCCAGCAGAUGUACGCCAACACCAACAGGUACCAUGAGAUGCUCAACAGCGUUCGGGACUUCCUGAAGCUCUACCAGGUGCCAAAGGGAUUGAGCGAGCGAGUCAUGGAUUAUAUCGUGUCCACCUGGUCCAUGUCCAGAGGCAUUGACACUGAGAAGGUCCUGCAGAUCUGCCCCAAGGACAUGAGAGCUGACAUCUGUGUGCACCUGAACCGCAAGGUGUUCAAGGAGCAUCCGGCUUUCCGGCUGGCCAGUGAUGGCUGCCUGCGGGCGCUGGCCAUGGAGUUCCAGACAGUGCACUGUGCCCCGGGGGACCUCAUCUACCACGCGGGAGAGAGUGUGGACAACCUCUGCUUUGUGGUCUCCGGCUCCCUGGAGGUGAUCCAGGAUGACGAGGUGGUGGCUAUCCUAGGGAAGGGAGACGUGUUUGGAGAUGUGUUCUGGAAGGAAGCCACGCUCGCCCAGUCCUGCGCCAACGUUAGGGCCUUGACCUACUGUGAUCUGCACGUGAUCAAGCGGGACGCCCUGCAGAAGGUGCUGGAGUUCUACACGGCCUUCUCCCACUCCUUCUCCCGGAACCUCAUCCUCACCUACAACCUGAGGAAGAGGAUCGUGUUCCGGAAGAUCAGCGACGUGAAGCGGGAAGAGGAAGAGCGCAUGAAGCGGAAGAAUGAAGCCCCCCUGAUCCUGCCACCAGACCACCCAGUGCGGAGACUCUUCCAGAGGUUCCGGCAGCAGAAAGAGGCCAGGCUGGCGGCGGAGAGGGGCGGCCGGGACCUGGACGACCUGGACGUGGAGAAGGGCAGCGUCCUUGCAGAGCACGCCUCCGCCAACCACAGCCUGGCCAAGGCCAGCGUGGUCACCGUGCGCGAGAGCCCCGCCACGCCCGUGCCCUUCCCGGCGGCCUGCCCGCCGGCGCUGGGCGUGUCGGACCAGGCCAAGCUGCAGGCGCCAGGCUCUGAGUGCCAGGGCGCCAAGGCGGGCGGCGGCGACUGCGCCAAGCGCAAGGGCUGGGCCCGCUUCAAAGAUGCUUGCGGAAAGGGCGAGGACUGGAACAAGGUGUCCAAGGCCGAGUCCAUGGAGACACUUCCCGAGAGGACCAAGGCGUCAGGGGAGGCCACGCUGAAGAAGACGGAUUCGUGCGACAGCGGCAUCACCAAGAGCGACCUGCGCCUGGACAACGUCAGUGAGGCCAGGAGCCCCCAGGACCGCAGCCCCAUCCUGGCGGAGGUCAAGCACUCCUUCUACCCCAUCCCGGAGCAGACGCUGCAGGCCGCCCUCCUGGAGGUGAAGCACGAGCUGAAGGAGGACAUCAAGGCCCUGAACGCCAAAAUGACAAACAUCGAGAAACAGCUCUCUGAGAUUCUCAGGAUAUUAACUUCCAGAAGAUCCUCCCAGUCUCCUCAGGAGCUGUUCGAAAUAUCCAGGCCCCAGUCCCCGGAAUCAGAGGGAGACAUCUUUGGAGCGAGCUGA